UUCUGAUCAUCUGUUUAUAUCUUUCUGGUGCCAAAAGAGUCAAAAGGGAUUCAGAUGGAUUGCUCAGAUUAAUGGAUCGGAGGCUAGUUUGGGGUCCUAGGCUGGAUGCAGAAUUGAGGGCUAGUGGACACCGGCAGCAUGAUGACGGCGAGGGAUACUCAUAGCGUGGGAUUCUUCUUGCUUGCCUUGUUCACUGGAUGCUAAUUCAGAAUGUGGAAAGUAACAGUAAACUUUGGAGUGCUCCUUUUGUGUGUGUCUGCCCCAGAGAAGACUUCUGAUUGCCAUGUCAAUCCUGUUCUCUCUCGCCUUGCAAUGUCCAGUUAACUGAUCGUUGGUUCCUGUCAAAUCAGAAGUUGUAUCCUUCAUCCCAAGAAGAAGAUGAAAUUUCCAUUCUAUUGGCCCUUUGUCAAACAGGCACAAUAGUAUUUCCUUCUGGAGACUUUGGGAUACAAACUGUUUUGGGUAUGGCUACUGAUCCCACGUGAUAGAGGUGUGGCAUCAACCUUGGGACUCAUGACUGGGUAUACAAUGUUGCGGAAUGGGGGAGUAGGGAAUGGAGGCCAACCUUGGAUGCUACGAUGGUCUAGUCGGAUUCGACUCACUUGGCUUAGCUUCACGUUAUUCAUUAUCCUGGUCUUCUUUCCCCUCAUUGCCCAUUACUACUUAACCACCAUAGAUGAUGUAGAUGAUGCUGGCAAGCGCAUCUUUGGUCCCCGCAUAGGCAAUGAACUUUGUGAGGUGAAGCAUGUUGAGGAUUUAUGCCGAAUUCGAGAGUCGGUGAGCGAAGAGCUGCUCCAAUUGGAAGCUAAGCGGCAGGAGCUGAACAGUGAGAUUGCCAAGCUGAAUCUCAAGAUUGAAGCCUGCAAGAAAAGCAUUGAAAACGCGAAGCAGGAUCUUCUGCAGCUGAAGAAUGUUAUCAGCCAAACAGAGCAUUCAUAUAAAGAGCUGAUGGCUCAGAACCAGCCCAAGCUUUCACUGCCGAUUCGGCUGCUACCAGACAAAGAUGACUCUAGCUUUCCCUUGCCAAAAUCCAAUAGAAACUGCCGGCUGCAUAAUUGCUUUGACUAUUCACGUUGUCCGCUAACCUCUGGUUUCCCAGUAUAUGUCUACAACAGUGACCAGUUCAAUUUUGGGAGCUCAUUAGAUCCUUUAAUUAAGCAAGCCUUUGAAUCCACUGUCAGAACUAAUGUAUAUGUUACUGAAAAUGCGAACAUUGCCUGUCUCUACAUUAUCCUAGUAGGGGAAAUGCAGGAACCUGUAAUGCCAAAACCUACUGAAUUAGAGCAACAGUUGCACGCUCUGCCAUAUUGGAGGACAGAUGGACAUAACCACCUCAUUAUUAACUUAUCCAGGAAGUCGGAAACUCAAAACUUUCUUUAUAAUGUCAGUACGGGGAGGGCCAUGAUUGCCCAGUCCACCUUUUAUGAUGUACAGUAUCGUCCAGGUUUUGACAUUGUAGUAUCUCCUCUUGUCCAUGCCAUGUCUGAACCUAACUUCCUAGAGAUCCCACCCCAGGUGCCAGUGAAGAGAAAAUACUUAUUCAGUUUCCAAGGGGAGAAGGUUGAAUCUCUCCGAUCCAGCUUACAAGAAGUGCGAUCAUUUGAAGAAGAGAUUGAAGGAAAUGCACCAGCAGACUAUGAUGAUAGGAUUAUUACCACAUUAAAGGCUGUCCAAGACAGCAAAUUGGACUUUGUCUUGGUGGAAUUUACAUGUAAGAAUCAGCCAAAGGCAAGUCUGCCCACUGAGUGGGCUCUUUGUGGAGAAAGGGAAGACAGACUAGAGCUACUGAAAUUAUCUACUUUUGCACUGAUAAUCACUCCGGGGGAUACCCAUCUUAUGAUCUCUGCUGGCUGUGCAAUGAGACUGUUUGAGGCUCUAGAAGUAGGUGCUAUUCCAGUCAUCCUGGGAGAGCAAGUCCAACUGCCUUACCAUGAUGUAAUUCGGUGGAAUGAGGCGGCCUUAAUUAUACCAAAGCCACGUAUUACAGAAGUGCACUUCCUUCUAAGGAGUAUUUCUGACAAUGACCUCUUGGCCAUGAGGAGGCAGGGCCGCUUCCUAUGGGAAACCUACUUUUCCACUUCAGACAGUGUUUUUAGCACAGUCUUGGCUGUCAUAAGGACUCGAAUCCAAAUUCCAGCUGUUCCCAUUCGAGAGGAAAUGGCGGUGGAGAUCCCUCACCGGUCUGGCAAAGCUGCUGGCACAGAUCCCAAUAUGGCGGACAAUGGGGAUUUAGAUUUGGGGCCAGUAGAAACAGAACCACCUUACUCAUCUCCUAAAUACUUACGCAAUUUUACUCUCACAGCAAUGGAUAUUUACAGAAACUGGAACUCAGCUCCUGGUCCUUUCCACCUCUUUCCUCACACGCCCUUUGAUCCUGUUCUACCCUCAGAAGCCAAGUUUCUAGGGUCAGGCACUGGAUUUCGACCCAUUGGUGGUGGAGCUGGUGGCUCUGGGAAGGAGUUCCAAGCUUCAUUGGGUGGCAAUGUUCCCAGGGAGCAGUUUACGGUAGUCAUGUUAACCUAUGAGCGAGAGGAAGUCUUAAUGAACUCCUUAGAGAGGCUCAAUGGUCUCCCUUACUUAAAUAAAGUUGUAGUGGUCUGGAAUUCCCCCAAGCUUCCAUCAGAAGAUCUCCUUUGGCCAGACAUUGGUGUUCCAAUUGUGGUUGUACGGACUGAGAAGAAUAGUUUGAAUAACCGGUUUCUGCCCUGGGAUGAGAUUGAAACAGAAGCCAUUUUGUCCAUUGAUGAUGAUGCCCACCUUCGCCAUGAUGAGAUCAUGUUUGGGUUCCGGGUCUGGAGAGAAGCUAGGGACCGCAUUGUAGGAUUCCCUGGGCGGUAUCAUGCAUGGGACAUCCCUCACCAGUCCUGGCUCUACAACUCCAAUUACUCCUGUGAACUGUCCAUGGUUCUGACGGGUGCUGCAUUUUUUCACAAAUACUACGCCUACCUAUAUUCUUAUGUGAUGCCACAGGCCAUCCGUGACAUGGUAGAUGAAUAUAUCAACUGUGAGGAUAUUGCCAUGAACUUCCUGGUUUCUCAUAUCACCAGGAAACCACCAAUCAAGGUGACUUCCCGCUGGACUUUCCGUUGCCCUGGUUGCCCUCAGGCGCUCUCUCAUGAUGACUCCCAUUUCCACGAGCGGCACAAAUGCAUCAACUUCUUUGUCAAAGUCUAUGGCUACAUGCCCUUGUUGUAUACCCAGUUCCGUGUUGACUCGGUCCUUUUCAAGACCCGGUUACCACAUGACAAGACAAAAUGUUUCAAAUUCAUCUGAACAGAAGAUGCAACUGUGGAUGUCUGGAACUGGCCUGUGGACAAGGCAGAAAGGUCAAUGAACCCUCUUUCCUGGGACAGAUGCCCCUUCCUGUUUAAACUGGGACACAAGCCCCACCGGAACUGUAUGGCACAGGGCUCCAUUGACAGAGAUGGCUUUGUGUCACUUAUUCAGAAAAAAAUAAAAGACUUUCUUUAGAUCCCCAGUAAGUUGUUUCGCCAAGGGCAUAACUGGGGUUUUAAAAAUAUUAAUUAUUAUUUAAAAUGGAAGUGUUUUAGAUAUGCCUUUUAAGGCUUUUUGGGGAGGGAGGGAGGGAGGGAUUAUUUGAUUUCCUUUUGUUCCCGGCCCUAAUGUUGCUUGGAGGGAAGCAGAGACCUAAGAAAUUCCUGUAUUCCUCAGUGUUCAAGUUAUGUAGUUGGAUUUGGCCACCAGAGGCUUCUAACUGCUUGCUGUUUGGUCUACUGUGCUUUAGAUCUGCUUGGGAUUUCACAGAGGAAAUUACAAAUUCCCUCCACCAAAAAAUCCCAGACCUCAUCCGUUUCCCUUGGUAGCUCUAAGGAGCUAAUUGCUGCUGUCAAGCUUUUUCCUUCUUUUCCCUCUCACUGACCCCAUUGAAAAGCAGGGUCCUUUCAGAACGCCGCCUGUCCUGCGUGCCUGCUGAUGGAUUAUCUCGCAAUGCCACGGUGACUUCCCAAUCUGUCUGUGCUCCCAGUGGCACACUGCUGCUGCUGCUGCCGCCGCCUCUGAGGAAAGAUAGCUGGAGUCCCCUUUCCACCUUUCCCUCCCAAAUCCUGAUGCUGCUUUAUCUGCCAUUAACAAAGCUCUGUUCCUCUGUCCCCCUGGCCUUGGAAGUUUUGGUUCAGAUCAGAGGUCUUGACUGACAGAUUAUUUAUCGAUUCUGUUUUCAGGCCAAGCUUACUCAUGGUUAACUGGACCAUGGUUUAUUCAAUUGACCCAAUUUUCUGGGUUUGCAUGACAUACUGAAACACAGACUAACUGCACAAGCUGAGAUUGGACACACGGGAAGCUAAACUGUGGUUGAUUGCUAGUUUGUAUUUCAGCGUGUCAUGUGAAUACAGCUAUAAAAUAUGGAGAACUACAUUGCUUGUGAGAGCAGUGCCAAUAGAACAGCAUGUUAAAAGAAGCAGAUGUGUUUGCAAGGAGGCUGAUCUGGAGUAUAGAAAAGAGUGGUAUGUUUGUUAAUAUCCUUUGGAUGAGGCCUCCUAGUGGACCUGCCAUAAUCCACUGCAUGUACAGAUAUAUCCUUCCCCCGCCUUCCUCCUAUUUGGUCUCAGGGCCUGUUGUGUUCAAGACAAAAAGACGGUUUUGGCUUGCUAAUGAAAUGUGAUCAAUUCUGAGGACACAGGCGUGAACUCAAAAGGUCUCUGUGGCCUAGUUUCAUAGCCCCUUACCUCUUCAUCUCCCUUUGUCACUUUCACUUCAUUCAUAACUGUUGUCAAAAUAUCCUGGAGACUUCUUGUUGGCAGUGUGCGUGUGUGUGUAUGUGUGUGUAUGUGCGUGAGUCUCAACGUAUGUGUAAACUGCCAUUUGUUGCUACCUUUCUAUUACAUUUUUUCUGCCUAGACUUUUGUUCCCCAAAGAUGCUAAUUUUCAAAGACGUCCAUUCCAGUACACCCUUUCACAAGCUAAGCCACCAGUAAAAGUUUUGAGCAACUAAAAAAUGGGUGUAAUAAUUACUCUCAUUUCCAACCCCUCACCCUGUUUGAAUCUUUUCUUUUUUAUUUGUGGAAAGAUCAUAAUAAAUUACCCAUAUUCCUAUAGCACCUAUAAAAAGUUGGCGCUCCUGUAACAAAUGUCUGGGAAGGAAUAUAAUUUCUAGGUGCUUCUCCACCAUGGACCAUUUGGUAAUACCACAGCAUUCAUAGAGUUGCACCGCUUAUUGGUAGCUUAGCUAUGUUGAAUGUUAUCAUAUUUAGGCAAUGUUAACUAACCACCUCCUUAUUUCCCCUUUUAACAUAUACUGUAAAUUACAAAUGUUCAGAGUUAUCAGUCCUAUAAUGCAGGGUUCCUCAACCUUGGCAACUUUAAGAUGGGUGGACUUCCUCAACCUUGGCAAC